UCUCCAGGGCACAGUUAUACUGGUAGCAUUGUUACGGACAUUUUUGAACAGGUGACAACUACAACGCGUAUUCCGGUGUAUAUGAGUAUAGGAAUGGUGGUAUUAACCUAAUGUACAGGUGAAUUGUAUCAACAUUGUAUAUUUAGAAUUACCUAUGCCGAAAUUUCCAGUGGUGAUUAACAGACGAGAUACAGUAAAAAAUUCUAGUUCCAAAAAGGAUAUGGAGAAUUACAAUAUAAAUGAAUCAUACCUGGACAUUCAAUUAACUGGCAGGAAAGGGAAAUCAGUAUACAAGGAGCCACUAAAGUUCACAAAAAUUGAUGAAGUCCUGAAGAAGACUGUCAUUACACCAGGCUUUGAAAAACUGGAAUCUGUUCCAGCAUACCAAGAAAGUGACAGAAUAAUGCAAAAGAAAAGAAAGAAAGAAAGAGAGCGUACAAAAGGGAGCAACUGGUUCAACAUGCCAGCUACAGAAGUGACUGAUGAAGUGAAAAGUGACUUGGAGAUUCUACAAAUGCGAUCUGUACUUGAUCCAAAACAUUUUUACAAGAAGAAUGACCUCACAGUUUUGCCUAAAUAUUUUCAGGUUGGUAAAGUUAUUGACAGCCCAGUAGAUUUCUACCAUAGCAGGGUACCCAAUAAGGAAAGGAAGAGAACCAUAGUUGAAGAGCUUUUGGCAGAUUCAGAGUUCAAGAGGUACAACAAAAGGCGAUACAAAGAGAUCAUUGAGGAGCGAAGGAAGACACAUUACAAAGCUCAUGCUAAUGCCAGAAAAUUGAAACGCAAGAAGUGAUCGGAGUUAACUGUGUUUAUUGUCAUAUACAUUUUUAUUACUGAUAUGACAGUAUGCUUCUUAACAAAAUAUAUAUGUAUGUUUAUAUGCA